CUGCUCUACCGCUCUACUUGAAUUCCGGGAAGUGGCUCUAACGAAAACGAAAAAAUUCUUUUAUCUCGAGGCGAUCGUCGUUCCAUCCGGUUUACUUGAUUGAUAUCACGGAUCACGCGCUGUUUCUCUACUCGACUGAGCCAUGCAGACUCUGCUUGAAAAGAAAGUCUUCAUUAUCGGCACCCUGUCAGCUGACCCUGACUACAUCUUACAGCAUGUCCAACAGGAUAAAAUCAUCACCGUUCGUGACUACAGAAAUCUUAACCAUAGUAAUUACACAAAGGAGAAAAUUGUCACUAACCUUCUGGACACCGUGAUGAACAAGGGUGAUGCAAUGUGUCACAAAUUUGUGGAUCUCUUGCAACAAGAAGAGGUUCAGAACACUUUCCCUGAGCUGAAGGAACUUUUUAUUCGUGCACCCGCAUCACACAAACAGGCUGAGAAAACAAAUAAUGGAGCCAAAGCAGCUGAUGAGAUUAUCGAAUACAAAAUGUCCAGCGUACCUCGUGGUCUCUGUUUGAUCAUUAACAAUGUCAAAUUUGAUCCAUCCCUCCCAGACCGCCCCGGAUCUAUGCGUGAUGAAGAGUCUAUAAAAGAGGUUUUCCAGUGGCUGGGUUUUACUCUGGAUGUGUAUAGAAAUCAAACCGCAGAGGAGACGAAGGAUCUGCUGAAGAGCUACAGCCAGAAACCCCACGAUGGUGACUGUUUUGUCUGCUUCAUCAUGAGCCAUGGCUCCAAAGAUGGGGUGCAUGGCACAGAUGGAGGCAUCUUUUCCAAAGAUGACAUCUUUGGUCCAUUUAGUGGAAAGUCAUGUCCAAGCCUAGUCGAUAAACCCAAAGUGUUUUUCAUCCAGACUUGCCGAGGAAGAGAGUACCAACUGGGUGUUCAAAUCCAGUCUGAUAGCUACGAGGAAGUAAAAGCAAAAGUGGAAAUCGAAGAUGAAGAAUCAUUACAACUGGAUAGUUUUGAGAUGACCACCAUACCAUCUGAUGCAGAUUUCCUCAUAGCGAGGUCAACCAUUAAAGGAUACUACUCGUUCAGGAACACAGAUACGGGCUCUUGGUUCAUUCAGUCCUUGUGUAAGCAACUAAAAACGCACUGCCCCAAGGGUGAGGAUGUCCAAUCUAUCCUGCUGUAUGUCAAUAACGAAGUCAGUGAAAAAAAAGCUUCUAACAUUUAUAAACAGAUGCCUAUCCAUAAAGUGACCUUGAGGAAGAAGCUGGUGUUCCGUGUGCCAGACCAGCAGUAGAAAAUCUGUAUAAUGAGCAUUUCCUAAUAAGCAUUGCACUUGAACAUUAUUAUGAGCAUUACUCAUGUCUGCCGAGGUCGAGGUGCUGUUAAUUAUCUAUUGUAAGCCAUAAUGUAUAAAAUUGAAAAAAAGCAAUAUCAGGGAUUUUUAUGGGGAAACAAUUGUGUACUUUUUUACUUAAAAAAUGUUUUUUGUUUUUUAAUUUUGCAAAUGGGACUCUAAAUGGGCAUAUAAAUAUGAAUCGAGAUGAUUUUGAUUUAUAAAGUAAUAAACAUUCAGCUGAAAUAACGUUUGUUUAAUGUAAUCUUGUCCACCUUGUUAAAUUAAAGAAAGCAAUUAAAAUGUUAC